ACAAAACAAAAAAUGGGCGAAGAGGAAGGAUAGUACCAAGUAAUUAUGGCAGCUACAAACCAACCCUUACGCACACCAACUUUACUACCAGUGCAUGGUCGUCGUACAAAAGCGUCUUCUGCUUACUCAUUGGCUAUCCCCCUUGAACAGCAGCUUAUUGAAUGGACAAGCAAGUCUCGUGAGAUUCACAUGAAGUUAAAGCGUGCUUCUUCUAAUAACAAAAGUGUUGAGCAGUCGCAAUUGAUGCCUCUAUUAAAUGAACUAAGUGAAAGAAUUAUUACUGCUGAAUCCCUCAUAACCAAUGUGACUAAUUCAUAUUCACGCAUGCUAUGCGAGUCCGAUUCUGAAGUGCAGUCUCUUAGGCUUAACAUCCUGCAAUUAGAGGAACGACUAGAAUCAAGUGGACAGCAGCAUAAGUGUUCGGUGCUCAUGGGCGAUCUCAGUGAAACACACAGAAAACAAAACACCAUUGAAACAAAUAUCUCAAUGAAGCAUGAUUUAUCAUCUGAUCUUUUAGCCACAAGAAAUCAAGUAUCACUAUUAAAGGCAGAAAUAAGUGAAAUAAAUAGGAGGCAUGACGAUCGUAUUAAAGAGUUUGAGAGCAAAUGUAUACGGCUAAAACAAGAUUUGACUACAAAGGAACAACAGAUUCAUGCUCAAAGAUUACAGAUCUCUCAAAAUCAAGUUUCUGAGGCAUCAAAUUUAACUAAAGCUCAUGAGGAAAAUGAGGAACUUCAUCAAAAAUUGAGAAACUUGAAGAUUAAGUUAAAAGAAGAGCAAGACGCUGUUUCAGCAUGUCAGAAGAAGUGGGACUUAGAAAGAAAUGAUUUAGACAGUAUUGUUAAUGACCUCCAACUUAAAUUACAAGAUACGGCUGAUGAGUUAAAUAGACAGCUGCAUGCAAGCAAACAAAGAACAGAAGAAAUUUCAAGCCAGCUUGAUCGUAUGAAAUUAGAACACGUAGCAGAGCAAAAUACCAUUCUUGCAACUAAUGCAAAUCUCAAGAAGUUAAACGAAGAGCUAGCUCACCGCUUAACAGUUUUGAAUAGUAAGAUAUGUCAACAGAAUUCUGAAUUGCUUGCAGCUAAGGAAAAAAUUCAGACAUACGAAAGGGAACUUUUUGAAGAACGUCAGUCUAAUAGUUCUCUGAAAAGCGAGAUAUGUCAAAUGAAAGAGGCUAAUAAAGAGCUACAAACCAAAGUUGUCGGUAUUCAAGUGCAACUGUUAAAGGAGCAGGAGGAGUUUAAAAAAGAUAAGACAGAAACUAUGCCUACCCAUAUUACUCUAGCGCCAGCAAUAUUUGAUGAUGAGGAGAUGUCCAAGCAAAUCGAGGAGGAAUCCACAGAGAAUCCAGAUAGAAAUGCAACUGGGCACAAGGUGCCUAUUCACACAACUGUUAGUGAUAACAAUUUUCAAUGCAAAAAAGAAAGUGAAAAAUUUAGUACACCACUUAGCUUAGCAUCUUCUGAUUUAGAUUUAGCAAUUUCUAGAAAUCAGCAAUGUGAGAAAGAGCUUGCAAACGAACGUCAGUCAAACUUAGCAAUACAAAAUGAAGUUGCUAUUUUGAGAAAGCAAGUGGAUGCAAUGCAAGAUGAAUUAACAGAGCUUCAUGUUUUGCGUCAGAAAGAUAAAGAAACUCAAGAAGGUCUUAACGAUACCAUUGAAAAAGAACGUGUUGAUUUUUCCGAGAAGUUAUUGAAACUUUCAGAAAAAUUGCAGAAGGAAAAGGAACUUAUUAUUCAAGAUCACAAAAUCCAAAUUGCCCAAGCUAAUCAAGAAAAAUCUAGAUUGGAGGAAGAACUUGUUAAAGCUUAUUCUACUGCCAGAAAUGAAGUACUUCGAGCUAAAAAGGAAAUGGAUGAACUUCUAACAAAACAUGAAAGUCUCUCCGACAAACAAAACGCAACGUUUUCUAAAAGUAAGCGUUUGGAAGAAACCCUGGUUGAGAAGGAGUCACAAAUUGAAAGUCUAAUUUUGCAGUUGUCUCAGGCAGAACUUACAGGAAAGUCAAAUAGCGAUGAAUUAUUGGUAGAAAGAAAUAAAAAUAAUACGCUUAGUGACACCAUUGUAAAUUUAACCAGUGAAAUAGUAGCACUAAAAAGUGCACUCAAAGUAAAACAAGAGGAUAAUGAAAAGUGUCAAUCGCAGCUUGUCAAUGAAAUUAAGCAGCUAAACACUGUCAUUGAAGGUCUUCAUACAGAAUUAGAAGCUAAAACCAACAUAUUAAGUCAUGGAUUAAUUCAAAUUGAGGAAAAACGAGUAGAAGUUUGGAAGCAGUUAGAAAAAUUAAAAACUGAAUGCCAAGGGCAGCAAGCAGGCAUGCAAGUUGACAUUAGUAAACUUAAAGAUAUCAAUGCCAGAUUAUUUCAACGCUUACACUCUUCAGAGUCUGAGAGUACAGAAAAAAGUGCAGCACUAAAUCAGAAAUCUUCUGAUUUAGUUUUAGCACUUGCCAAAAACAAGGAAUAUGAAGAUGAGCUUCAAAUUGAGCGCCGUACUGGUUCAGUUCAACGAGAUGAAAUUGCUUCAUUAAGGGAACACGCUAAUGCACUACAAAAUGAAAUGACAACGAUUCGUGUUAUUCACUCAAAGGAGGAAAAAGAAUUGAAUGAAACCAUUCAGAAGGAGCGUGCUGAAGCAUCACAGAUAACAGCCAAUGCUCUAAAAGAGUUAGAAAAAGAAAAAAAAGAAAAGGAGCUUAUGAUUCAAAGCUAUGAAAGCCAAUUGAUGCUCAUCAAUCUUGAAAAAUCCAAAAUUGAGGAAGAUAUUACUGCUAAGUUAAUGGAAGAAAUGGACAUGCUCCAAAAAAGGCAUGAAAUUCUUUUUAAUGAACACAAGCAAAGUCUUCAAAAAAAUAAACAGCUACAAGAAAAUUUGGUUGAGAAGGAAUCACAAAUUGCUGAACAAAUUUCACAAUUGACUGAUGCAAAAAUUAAAUUCAGUGAGGAGCUACGUCUUGAAAAGUGUAGAAGUGAUGAACUUUGUGACACCAUUGUAAGCUUGAAUAAUGAACUAUCUGCUAUGAAAAGAGCAUUGACGGAAGAACAAAAGACACUAGAGAAGUGUCAGCUACAACUUGUCAGUGAAAAUAAGCAGUCAAAGGCUAUAUUUGAAGAUCUCCGAUCAAGUUUAGAAGAUAAAACAAAUGAAUUAAAAUCAAAGAUGAUUGAAUUUGAGCAAGAACGAAUUGCAGUAUCGAAACAGAUGGAGAGGAAUAGCUCCAAGUAUCAGAAACAGCAGGAUGACCUUCAAGCUGAAAUUCGUGAAUUGAAGGGUAUCAAUGAAGAAUUAAAUAAGUGCUUAAAAAAUUCUGAAUCAGAGAAUAGUUUCAAAAUUAGUCAAUAUACAAAUGAUUUAGAUACAGCAAUGGCUAAAGUACAAGAACAUGAAAAGAAUAUUGCAAUAGAGCGUCAGUUAAAUUCAAUUUUGCAGAAAGAAAUAUUGUCUUUAAAAGAACAAGCUGAUAUGCUGCAGAGUGAAAACCAAAUCUUACAUCUAAAGGAAACAGAAGAGCUUCAAAAAAUAAUCAAAACACUAAAGAAGGAAUGUGAUGAUGCAUCACAAAAGGUAACAGAAGUUGAAAAUGAAAAAGAGCUUAUUAUUCAGGAUUGUCAGCAGCAAAUUUUUAAAGCUAAUGAAGAAAUUUCCAACAGCAAAAAUGAUCUGAUGGCCAAGCUUACAACUAGUAAUGACCAGCUAAAAAAAGUUCAAGAGCACCUUCAUGAACUUCAGUGUGAACACGACAAGCAUAUUCAAGCAUUCAAAAGUAGUAAAUUAGAACACGAAGAAUUGCUUCUGAAAAAUGUUCAAAGCCUGGAAAUUGCAGAAACUCAAAAAGAGGAGCUUCACAAAAGAAUAACAAUGUUAAAUGAUGAGCUUGGUGCAUUAAGAUUGAAGUAUGAUUUUGAGCAAGAAAUUGCAGCAAAGUCUCAAGAUCACGUAGAAAAGGAAAAUGAAUCUCUUAAGACAAAGUUGGAGGCUGAAACUAAUGAAGUAAAUGCAUUGCAAUAUGAGUUAUCUGAAACAACUAUGAAACUAAAGGAAUUGCAAGAUGAACUUCGAGCUACCAGUCAUCAAUUAAGCUGUGAAAAGCAAUUUUUGCAUGAAGAGAAAGAACUACAUAAGCAGCUUAAAUCUGAGUUGAUAUCUAUGAAAAAUGAGCUAGAUUCUACAAAAAGGUCUCAAAAUUCUGCUGAAAGCAAAUGUGAAAGACUUCACAAAUAUAUUGAGAGCCUGCUUAAAGUAAUAAUGGACAACCAGCCUGAUUUAUUGGAUCGUGUACGAACUUAAUAAAUCUAGACCCAUUAUUGUUAUAAUUAUUAUUUAUUAUAGUCUGUAUUACAUUUUUUUUAAAUUUUAAUUUGCCGAAGUUUGAUACAGCAAAAA